ACCUACCUACCUACCUACCUACCUACCUUAUUUGACUCGCAGAAUCCCAAGCCGCGGCUAGCUAGCUUCCUCUUCAAUGUCGGGUACUGGCAUGGCACACUGCCAAAUUUCCCGACACAAAAAACAACAAGAUGAUCCUUGAACCAGAAACACAGCGACUGGGGUUAACAACACUUCCACCCGAGAUCCUGCACAAUGUGUUAUGCUUUGUGCGCCCAAGGGAUCUGGCCCGGGUGUCGAGGACGAACAAACAUCUGAACAACUUUGUGCAAAACAAUGGGCCACUAUGCCGAGAGAUAUAUCUUCGCUUACUUGACGAUCCCAGUGAGUCUGCUGCCAGUGCCGACCUCGACUGGCAACAUGAGCUUCAAGACUUUGUGAGGCUCACCCGCGUUUGCGACAAAGCAUGGCGCGAAAAGGCUCCUGAGCUUAGUUUCGUUCAUGACGUGGUCGUAAGGGUCCUUAAGAGAUCCUCAUGUACUGAUAGGACCAGUGUCAAACGAACGCGCAACGCAGUCACUUUUUCUCCGUCACGGAACACGGCUCUUUUGGCACAAAUCUUCGCUGAUGAGUCGACCAGGCGAGAGUUCCUGUGUCAAUCUUUCAUCUGGCAGCGGGCACGUGGAAAGGGAAAAUACUUUGAUCGGCCACCCAAACCAGAGCAUCAAAUGUCCGCGAAGCUGCAUUGUCUCUAUGGCGUACCGCAGCUCGACACGGCCAUGAUAGGCAAAGGAAGCGCCGAGGUGACACCCACGGACCAGACUUAUGAGGAUGCCGAACAGCACGGCAUAUUUGCAUAUGCGCUCGCCAAGGUUUAUGACCUGAGGGACUUUCAUCCACACGCCACUUGGGGUCCGUUCCUGGCCGAUGACAGCGGACGGGUCGACUGGGAACGCUUGGAGGCGAUAAUGAUCGUCAUCAAGCACGGGAUCAGCAGAAUGGGGCUCGAGGAAGAGCAUCUACUCUUUGACAUCUGUUGGAACAGACCUUUUGACGGAGCCUGGAAGAACAGUUACGUCCCGAUGCCGUUCAUACGCCCCGCUGAAGAUGACCUCGACAAGGAGGAUCCGUUUGGCGUUUCCGGCACGUACCUCCGUGUCAUCUGCUUUCUGGACUACGGCGACUUUUUCAACUUCAACUUUCACAACGGCGUCGUGGAGCACACGGGCGAGCUCGUGACCAACGACAUGCCUCGACCGGUCGUCUCGGUUGGGGAGGCGGCGAGGUUGAUGAUGAUGAAGAUUCACGUCACCAAAAUCGAGAAGCUCGAGGGCCGUGACGAGGAUAAGGGGCCAGAUGCCGUUGUUGUGCACUUUGCCGGCUUCACAGAGCUCCUGCAUGGCUUCGGAAGUCAAAAUCUUAGCUCCACGAUCAAGGGCAAGGUACGCUUCACACCGGAUGGCGAGGUCAGGUGGACUACAAUAUCUGUUUUUGCCGGCCAGGAACGUUGGAGCAGCGAGGGAAUCCAGAUCGGAGGGCCAAAGUCGGCCAAGUGUAUCGUCGGAAACUGGUUUGAUGUGAAUCACGACCCUACUGGGCCAGUGGGACCAUCGGCAUUUUGGAAAAUCAGCGACAGAGAUCCGGAAGUUAACGACGACAAGUUCAGCACCAGCGAUGUACUACCCUGGUUCUCCCCAAGCGGUAACGGCCCAGUUCCCGAUGAGGUUGAAGCGGAAGAAAUCAUACUUGACGACCACAGCAUUUCUGGGAGCGAGACGGAUGAUUGAGCGUUAUGUUACGUAGCGUGCGAGUGAGAAUACGGGGAGUUCCAGCCCCCACGUGUCGCUUUGCAGGCCUAUUUGCCUUUUUGCUUUACAGCCAUAUCUGGGUUAUUUUGCUCCUCGCAUUAAUAUGUGAGGUCUGUGGGCCAAUAUCCAGCUUACAUGCAUGGAUUUCCUAGAAAAUAUAUAGCAAGUUUUGGUUUUCUUGUUGAAGCAAUUCAGAACUAGGCCUUACUGGCCAGGAAAUCAGUGUCCUUGUUCUAGACUAGACUAGGUAGUCUAGAACUAGGCCUUUUUAUAGGCAGCUUCAAGACAAGGUCUAGUUCUAGAUUCAUUUCUAGUAUACCCCCUUGAAAACUUAACUACGAUCCAUCAAGUUACAUGUCUAC